CCCGCCAGUGGAAAUUGAUUUAAAUUGCGAGUGCCGGAUCCGUUGCAUCCACAUUCAUUCAUUCAAGAAAUUGCACUUACGAGUAAUUGCAUCAAAAGAAUUCCCGCAUUAAAAUCUUUCAAGAAAUUGCCCUGCAAAGUGAUUGAGUAGAUCGAUGUCAUGGAAGAUCAAUUCACUUUUGAUGAAAUCGCUUUGCAAAUGUUUUCUGAUCUGAAAACCGAGGUUGUUACACAGUUUGAAUCCCACCAUAGGUUGCUCUCCAGGUGCUUUUAUAACCUAAAAACAAUUUCCACCUGUUUCCUCCAAGGAAUUUAUCCACCUGGAGAUGGUGGUCAGCAAAUUGCCUGCGACAACCCAGUGGUGGGGAAAGGGCAUUGUCUGGACGCCCAGGAGGGAAAUGAGGUAAAGCUGCAUUUAUCACAUGCCUUCUUGGAUGGAUGUGCAGAGAUGGAAAAACAAAAAGAAAGGGAGAAUGACUGCACGAUUGGAGGGAGAACAGCUGCCAGAGAGAAUUUGCUCAAUGCCCACAUGGACAGAUGGGACGAGAAGAGAGAAGAAGGAGGAGGUGGAGAAGAAGAAAAUGGAGAUGGUGGUCAGCAAAUUGCUGGGGACAACCCGGGGAAAGGGCAUUGUCUGGACGUAUCACAUGCCUUCUUAGAAAAACAAGAAGAAAGGGAGAAUUACAACGGUGAUGGUGAGGAUAACUCCAGGAUUGGAGGGAGAACAAGAACACCUGCUAGAGAGAAUUUGCUCAAUGCCCACGUCGACAGAUGGGACGAGAAGAGAGAAGGAGGAGGAGGUGGUAAAGAAGAAAACAAAGAUGUUAAUUUAGUCCACAAGGGUGGUAGAGGGGGAGGGAGAGGGAGAAGGAGAGUAGGGGCUAAGGAGAAGAAAGAAAACAGUGAUGUGGCAGCAGCAUUGCCUGCUGUUGGAAGAAUUAUACUGUCCAAGCGAAGGCCAUGGCAGAUGAUUCUUGGUGCAGAGAAGGAAUCUGGUAAGAGAAAGGCCAUGGAAUUAAAAGAGCAGCCCCAGGCCACGAGGAUUACCCGUGCCAGGUGCAAGUUGCAGGCUGAGAUUGAGGUUGCCGAGGAGCCUAUGAAUGUGGCUGCCACGGUAUCUCCAUCAGCAUGUCCCAAAAUGGCGGUCUCUCUGCAAACAGGAGACAAAGACGGCUCAUCUCCAUUGCCUUAUCCUGUCAUUGCGGUCCUAUCACAAACAGGAGGGACGGGCAAAUCAUCUCUAUUGCCUUCUCAUGUCAUCGCGGUCUUAUCACAGACAGAAGGUACGGGCCAUUCAUCUCCAUUGCCUUCUCCUGUUAAGGCAGUUCCGUCACAAACAGGUGGCAGAGGAGGCCUAUCUUUAUUUCCUUCUGUUGUCGUAGCAGUGGCAUCACAAGCAAGAGACACAGGCGACUCAUCUUCUGAGAUUAAUGAGAUAUAUCUUAAAGGUGAGUCAUUAUCAAAAUUGAGGAUGACAAAAUCCUGUGUUGAAAAUCAAGAGUCGACACUUGAAACUCAUCUCAAUACAUCACUGCCACUGAUUAAUGCUGCUCAUAGAGAAGAAAUGGUGACUGUAGAGAUGAAAAGUAAAUCCUUGGAACAGAUGAAGACACCUCCCAGAGAGAAUUUGCUCAAUGCCCACAUGGACAGAUGGGACGAGAAGAGAGAAGAAGGAGAAGAUGGAGAAGAAGAAAAUGGAGAUGGUGGUCAGCAAAUUGCUGGGGACAACCCAGGGAAAGGGCAUUGUCUGGACGCCCAGGAUGAGGGAAAGUUGGAAAAACAAGAAGAAAGAGAGAAUGGCAAUGGCGAUGGGGAGGAUAACUGCAGGAUUGGAGGGAGAACACCCGCUAGAGAGAAUUUGCUCAAAGCCCACAUUGACAGAUGGGACGAGAAGAGAGAAGGAGGAGGAGGUGGAGAAGAAGAAAAUGAACAUGUUAAUGUAGUCCACAAGGGUGGUAGAGGGGGAGGGGGAGGGAGAGGGAGAAGGAGAGUAGGGGCUACAGAGAAGAAAAAAAAGAGUGAUGUGGCAGCAGCAUUGCCUGCUGUUGGAAGAAUUACACUGUCCAAGCGAAGGCCAGGGCAGAUGAUUCUUGGUGCAGAGAAGGAAUCUGGUAAGAGAAAGGCCAUGGAAUUAAAAGAGCAGCCUCAGGCCACGAGGAUUACCCGUGCCAGGUGCAAGUUGCAGUUUGAGGUUGAGGUUGCCGAGGAGCCUAUGAAUGUGGCUGCCACGGUAUCUCCAUCAACAUGUACCGAAAUGGCGGUCUCACUGCAAACAGGAGACAAAGACGGCUCAUCUCCAUUGCCUUAUCCUGUCAUUGCAGUCCUAUCACAAAUAGGAGGGACGGGCAAAUCAUCUCUAUUGCCUUCUCCUGUCAUCGCGGUCUUAUCACAAACAGAAGGGACAGGCCAUUCAUCUCCAUUGCCUUCUCCUGUUAAGGCAGUUUCGUCACAAACAGGCGGCAGCAGAGGAGGCCUUUCUUUAUUUCCUCAUGCUGUCGUAGCAGUAGCAUCACAAGCAAGAGACAGAGGCGACUCAUCUUCUGAGAUCAAUGAGAUAUAUCUUAAAGGUGAGUCAAUAUCACAAUUGAGGAUGACAAAAUCCUUUGAUGAAAAUCAAGAGUCGACACUUGAAAGUCAUGUCAAUACAUCACUGCCACUGAUUAAUGCUGCUCACAGAGAAGAAAUGGUGACUAUAGAGAUAAAAAAGAAAUCCUUGGAACUGGUCUGUGAGGAUUCUAAUUAUAUGGAUUGUAUGAGAGUCCCACAAGAAGACGCAACAAAAAUAGUUGAGGAAUGUACAGGAGGUAGGCCAUCCUCAAGUCCUGUGUUGAUCCCUAAACAAAACAAAGACAAUUCAGCAGCACCUGUCAUGAUUCAGUUGGAAGUUGUUGCUAUAAGAGAUAAUGCUGGUCAUGGAGAAGAAAUAGUGACAAUAGAGGCGAAAUUGAAUUCUUUGGAUCCAGUCUGUGAGGGUUCUAAUGACAUGGAUUGUAAGAAAAUUCUGCAGAAAGACACACCAAAAAUAGUUCAGGAAUGUGCAGAAGGAUGGCCAUCCCCAAGGCCUUACUGUGGAUACAGUGCUGACAUGAAAGAUGCAGAACAGUCAGAAGCCUUGGAUGCCAUAGAAAUUAUUCAACUGCAGGAUACUUCAAAUAUUAUUGAAGAAUUAAAAGGGAAUGAAGAUACUGAAACUCCAAUUAGUCAUGAUGUUUUUCAACAAACAUCUAUUUGUAGUAAUGAAGUUUUCAGUAGAAAUUUACCUUCAUACACAUCUUAUGCCAAAAAUAAGGAAGGGUCUUUGAGUUGUACACCAUUUCCUCGAUUUCAAGCUGAUGGUAUGCCAUCAGUUUGCACCUCUGUUUCCUAUUUACUGGAUAAAACUCACCUACAUACUACACCAUCAAAUGCUCAGUUGUUUGGGUCCAGUUUUGAAGUGACAAGUCCUCAACAUUGUGGGCAACAAGGUGACUCCAAGACUGUACCUUCAGAUGACACUCAUUACACUGCAACAAAUAAGAUUGGAAAAAGAUUUGGUUCAUCAGUCAGAAAGAAGGAUUCAGGAACACCCAAUGUAAGAGCUGGUAGCAGGUUUGCCAGCCAGAUUUCACCAAGGAUCAGUCAGAGACCAAGCAACAUAUCAUGCAACGUGAAAUCUUUUAUUCCACUAGUUCAACAGAAAAAGGCAUCAGCAUCAGUUAUGACAGGAAAGAGAGAUAUCAAAGUGAAGGCUUUGAAGGCUGCUGGAGUAGCAAAACGACUUGAAGAGAAAAGGGAACAAGAAAAAGGUGGUGAAGGAUCCAAAAUUGCCUGUAGUGAGAGUAAUAAAUCCAUAUCAAGUGGCAUGGCAAGAAAAAAACCAGUGGGAUGCGCCUUGCAGUACCAAUCAGGCACUUCUGUGAUUGGUGUGGAUCUGAAGUUGAGAAGAGAUUUGGCAACCAAAAAUAAAAUGGAGCAAGAAAAUUUGAGAAAAUUGGACGAGAGAAAAAAGAAAGAAGAACGGAAGAAAAAUGCAGCAGAGGUUGCAGAAAAUAAGAGGAAAAAGGAAGAGAUGGACAAGAGAGACCGUGAGGAAAAGCGGAGGCGAUUGGAAGCACAGAAGCAGUGGAAGGAACUUGAGGAACAACUUCGUGCUAAGGAGGCAAAAGAACAGAGGCGCCGAGCUCUGGAUGACUGCAAGCGUAAGAGGAAGGCAAUGGAGGAAAAGGAAAAAAAGCAGCGUCGUAUAGAGAAAGAAAGGGAAGUUGCUGAGCGCAGACGACAGAUAGAGGAGGAUGCUAAGUCCAACAAAUUUGCAUCAAAGGAUGCAAAACACAUGCAAAAAGUCCAUCAGCAUAAUGAAACAACAACUCAGGCUCAAAAUGCAUAUGCUGGAAAGGUGUCAAGCAUGUUAACUAGUUGUGCAAAAGUUGCACAUGGAACAGAAGGGCAAUCAGUGUUGGGCAGAAACCCAAGUUCACAUCUAUCAUUAAUAUCCAACAUCGAUAUUGAAUCUUAUGAAAUAUUGCCUUAUAAGGGUUCAUAUGAGGAGGAUAAUGAUGAUAGAACUUCAGGGAAACCCAUACCACUAUGGGCAAGGAAAGAGUAUUUGAUUCGACAUAUCAUCAGUCAACAAUAUAUUGAUCCUGAUGAGAUAUUUGCUGGUGCAAGAACUUGCAGUUUAAAUGAAGUUUUUGAGUCUAAUGAAUCAAAUAGGAGGGGAGAUUUCAAACGGCGUAGUUAUAGUGGGGAAUGGCUUAAUGAUUGUUUUACAUGGAAAGAAGAGUAUCAAUACAAGUUGCAGAUCGGAUACAUAAAUGAGGGCUGAGUAAAAUAAUUAAAUGGAUUAUUGAGGGAGAAGAACUGUGGUAAUAGGUACAAACAUAGAAUAUCAUUACAAGUUGCAGAUGGGAUACAUAAAUAAGGACUGGGUAAAAUCAUGAAAUGGAUUCAGGUUGCCUUGUCUGCUUAUCGACAUGUUUGUACCUGUUAGGCUGUUACCACAGUUAUUCUACCUUAAAGAUGAAUUUUGUGAAUUUAAUGGUUGCACCAUGUGAACCAUACAAAAGGAUGAUAAUCGGAGUCAAAGAUAUCAUCUUGCUGGGAAAACUAUGAAAAUGAGCCAUAAGAAAGCUGGCACUAGAAAACAAAUCUGGAAAGCUCGUGUAUUUAUCUGAUCCUUUUUUAUUUAUAAGGAUGAUGCUUAAUGUAUGAUUAGUUUCAAUUUUUUCAGGUCUUCCUUCACUCAUCAUGACUUUCUUUGUCAGUGGAGGAUGUACUAAAUAUAUAUAUGGGUAAUCCCUCGAGCACCCAUCUUGUAUUAUACAGAUGUUUUUCCUUGCUGGACAUCUUCAAGUUUCUUUUCUAAAGCAUGUGCCUUUUACUU